UCACUUCCUGCUUUGGGGCGUGAAAUCAAUAAACUGCAGCGCAGAAGAGUAAAGUAGGAAGAAAUGAGAAGCUGAACAUUUCAUUCCAUCUGUGGCACUUUAAAAAAGAUUCUCCAGCUCAAUCUAUGUGACGAGACAAACACAGAAACCGGAUUAUAACCAGAAAGGCGAUCGGUUGAACAGAGUUGUGAAGUGAAAGGAGCCGAGCUGCUCACAAGACUGCGGCAUGUGAUAUCGAUUAGAGAAACAACACGAGACAGACACGGCCCUGAUCCCGAUGGACUGGUAGAGGCACGGCGUUAGAGUGUUUUUAUGUAUCCUGAAGGACAGAAGGACUGAAUAAAAAUAAAUAAACAGUUGAAUGAAAAUAAAAGAAACCCCAAAAGGAGGUCCAAACAUGGUGCAUGUCUACAACUGCCAUCCUUUCGCCUCCCAGCAGAUCGUACAGGUGGAGCAGGAGCCCGGGCUGGUCUGCUGUGGAGGUGGAGCCCUGUUUGUGGUUGCAACCGGAGGAUGCAAGGUGGAGGUGUACAACCUGGAGCAGCAGGGCUGCCCUCUCAUCUGUCGCUUUUCCACCAUGGGCACCGUGAGGAGCAUCCGUCACAGCAAAAUAGGAGACUACCUGGUGACCAUUGAGGAAAAGAACAGCGCCACCUACCUGAGAGCCUACACCAACUGGCGGUAUCAGGCGGAGGAGAAGGCCCGCGUCGGGGUGCGCUUGUUGGGCCAUUUGUUGCGCGGGGCGUCUGUGUGGGGUGGGGUGCAGAUGGAGAUCAUUGAGAUCCCUAUGUCCGAGCGUCCCAUUGCCGUGGCGUGUUGCUCGGUGACGGGGGACCUUCUGGUCGGCUGCGAGAACACUCUGGUUCUGUUCACCCUGAGGAGGCAGAACCAGCAGAACCUGCAGAACCAGAGUCAGCAGAACCUGCAGAGCCCCUGGCCGAACACUCAGCAGAGCUGCAGUCAGAGUCAAGGUCAGAGUUCAAGCGCAAACUCGAAUCUUUCCGUCUUGGAUUUUGAACGCUCUGUCAUCCUGCAUCUUCCAAAACUCAAACCUAGACAGGUGGCGCUGUGUGCGGGAUAUGUGGCCGUGCAGGCGGAGCUGGAAGUUCUGGUGCUAAAACUGGACGCGACCUCUGAACCUAAAACCCUGGAGGAAACGUCUGACGCAAAUAAAAGCGCUGAUUAUCUAGAGGACCAGGCCGACUUCCUUCUCAUUCCAAGACACCAGGAGCUGCUCGGUGACCGAGCUAAAGACUGCGACAUCCCAGUCAGCAUUGAAAAGACCGGGCUGGAGGAGAGAGGACAAUACACCCUGUCCUAUAUUCUUUUCAGGCGUUUUUCUCCAGAGUUCUUCCAGGGCUGCAGCGUGGAGGAGACGCAGCUCCACUCUCUACAGCUCUACCCUCUAUUUACAAGUAACCAGUCACCGUCUGUGGAUGAGCCAGCAUGUGUGUUCUGCUUCUUCUCCCUCCCCAACACCGGCUACUUGUACACCCUGAAGGGUGGAGUCGAGCUGCUCUCAGCCUAUCAGUAUCCGGAGAAGGUCCUGGAGGCAGUGCUCACGGACCACCUGCUACACGUCAUAACAAAGUGUGCGUUGCAGUGUUUCACAGUACGUUGUGCAGCGCUGGCAGCCAGGAUUGAAGACCCCUACAUUGACACCACCAUGAAGGCCUGUCCACCCUGCAGCCUGGAGGUGUGCGCGCUCAGGAUGCAGUUAUUCAUCGGCCUGCGCUCGGUGUGCGUCCACGGGCGCCACGUUAUCCUGCUGUCCACCGCCGACACAGAGGCUCCAGAGGAGACUGACCGCAACACACAGCGCAGGGGCCUCGAGUUGAAAGAACACACCAUGCUGACUGGUAUUUUCCUGGCGGUGGGAAUCGAUCCCGCAACCAAUCCAGCUCUGGAGAGCCUUCUAUCUCGCCCCUUCCUGAGCAGGAGGUGGACGAUCUCCUCUCCCAAAGAAACCAGUACUGCAGGACACGGAUGGAACCUGUAUGUCGUGGACACUGUCUCCCCCCUCACUCUCUACGAGGAGAUGGUUGAAUACAGUCAGCGCUACGCAGAGAGCAACCCGCAGGCCCAAAGCCUUCGACACCUCCUCAGUGAAGCUCACCUCCUGCUCCGAGCCUCCUUACUCCAAACAUCCAGACAGCAGCAGCAGCAAACCGAUGAGGACGACCCUGCAGCGUCUCUUCACAGCCAAGAACUGGAGGAGGCGUUCAGGCAGAACUGUGCCCAACUGGGAGACUCCUUCAGCAGGGCCACGCAGAAGGACUGUCACCUGGCUUUACCGUAUUACAGGAUGUCUGGCCUGUCGGUCACGGAGGUCAUGUCCAGGAAUUCCCCGUCCCCAGGCAACCUUCACGCCUACGGCCCUGGCUUCUUGUUUUACCUGAAACACUAUCUGUUGGAAGAAACGGAGGAGAGCCUCAGUCAGGAAGCAGCCGAUGAGGUCAUUGACAUUUUCAGCCAAUCGGAGCCGUCGCUGCUGGUCAGCGUGUGCGCCAGCCCGUCCAUGAUGAACGUCAGCCCGGCCCGGACGCUGCGGAUCUUGCAGCAUCUGGAAGACACGUCCGGCGUGACCGUCCCGCUGACCGUCACCAUGGCGACCAUGAUGCUGCGUAUGGGCGACCAGCCCAAGUACACACAGCUGAUGGAGAGACACGCUGAGAUGCUGCUUGUGUACGGGUUCAUCGAGGAGUCAAGGCUGCUGCUGCUGCAUGGCGGCAGUGGUGGUGGUGGUGGUGGUGAUGGAGGAGGGGGACGACAGAAAGCACAUGUCCAACCAACAGCGUUGACUCGCCAGCUGGCUAACUCCCAACCUGGGCUGCUGGUGGCUGCCAUGGUGGCUUUACAUGAGAACAACAAAGUUCAGCUGGAGCAGGCGGAUCACAUAUUCAAGGAGCUGGGCUGUGAGGACACCUUGCAGGUGGAUUUCUGGGAGGGGAUGCUCAUGGCUUCUUCACAGGACGCCGUCAUCCAGGAGCUUCUGUUUCGUUUGGCGUCCAUCUACAUCGACCGACUGACGAUCUCGGAAACAAACUCUCAGCUUUCCCACCCAAAGCGCAAAUCGCUGAAGAGCGCAGACGAUCUGAUCAACUCGUCCUCUCAUUACGGUGCCUUGUACCCGUGGCUCACUGUUCUCAAUCCAGCUCACACCACCAGCUCCCGACACCAGGAGGCGCUGCACAAACUGCAGUCUCUGCUGUGUGGUCCGUCCCUCUCGGUUUGCUCUGUAGCUCCACUCCUGGACCGUAUAUCAGAGGACACGUUGUGGGGCUUCAGCCUGCACCUCCUCGGCUCCACCAGAAGGGGGCUGUACGACAGAAGCAUAGAGAAGUUGCUGGACAGAUGUCCUCAGGCGAUCAUCGCCUACGCUAAUCACCAGUUACAAGACAAGAACAUGGCUCUAUGGUGGCAGAAGCUGCUCCCAGAGCUUUGUAACCGGACGAGAGCUGCUUCAGACAACAGCAUCCUUCUGGCUGCUCUCAAAGAGACGCUGGUUGUGGUUGCCAUGGAGACAACCCCAGCUGAGUUCUUGGAACUCAUACCUGACGACGGCACGGCGUCCUACUUCCUGCCCCACCUGCUCACAUGCAGCCAAAGACACCUGAUGGCCUGAGACACUCGUGACGGACGAAUAGACGGAUGGACGCGUGGACACAUAUAGGCGGUUAUUGAACUGCGGCGUCGUAGCAACUGGAGGUUUAUGCCUCGGUCAAAGACAUUCAGGAUGAUUCAGUCGCAUGUCUUCGGUUGGCCUCGGACAAUCAUGUUUUUAAGGUUUUAUCCAGAAAAAAUGAAACGUGUAACAGUAUUACAUACAUUGCUGUAAUAUUUUAAACUAGGCUUCUUCAGAGUCUAGCUGUUUUAAUAUUUAAUAUUUUAUUUAUAGCUCUUCCAGUUACUCUGAGGUGUGUUUCUUGCACUUUGUCCUCCACUGACAUUUUAGAUAAUCUAAAAGUCUGUGGUGAGUUUCAGCUGAUUAGAUAAACAGCCUCUCCCUCUGUCUCAUACAUCAGAGAUGAGAUAAAAGUUUGUAUUUCUGUUUUUUUAAGUGCUUGCCUGUAUUUAUUGGAUGUAAAGAUAUUUUAUUCAAACUUUAUUAUGUUCCUUUUAUUUUGACAUGCAAAGAAAGUCAUUAUUAAUCAUUAAGUUCUUUGGAAAUAUAUAGUAAAUCAGCACCAAAUAAUAAUUAAUUCAAAAGCACAAAGGCAGUAAAGCUGAAAAGAACAACUCUAAAAU